CUAAUUUGAGAGGUUUCAUGUUGAAGAAAAUCAGUGCGUUAGAGGCUGCAGGAGACCUAAACACAGUCACCAUGAAGCUGGGCUGUGUCUGCACGGCUGGGGCCUUCCACUUUUCUCCUACUAUGCUCUGGGCAGGCCCGAUGCUGCUGGUUGUCUUUGGCUUCUGGUUUCAUGCACCAGCGGCUGGAUGUCCUGCUGCUGCCAGUUUUGAGAUACUGCAGUGUGAAGGACCUGUCAGCACCCAGGACAGCAGCUGUGAUACUGAGGAGGACUUGAGGAUCCCAAGGGAAGUUGACUUCCAGUUCAAAGGCUACACUUUCAGUAAACCCUUCCAUCUGAUUGUGUCCUACGACUGGCUGAUUCUCCAAGGUCCAGUCAGCCCUAUAUUUGAAGGAGACCCACUAAUUCUACGCUGCCAGGCCUGGCAAGACUGGCCACUGACCCAGAUCACCUUCUACCGAGAUGGCUCAGCUCUGGGACCCCCUGGACCUAAUAAGGAAUUCUCCAUCGCCGUGGUACAACAGACUGACAGCGGGCACUAUCACUGCAGUGGGAUCUUCAGGAGUCCUGGUCCCGGGAGCCCAGAAACAGCAUCUUCCGUGGCUAUCAAGGUCCAAGAACUGUUUCCAACCCCACUUCUCAGAGCCACCCCCUCAGCUGAGCCCCAAGAGGGGGGUCCAGUGACCCUGAGCUGUCAGACAAAGCUGCCCCUGCAUAGGUCAACUGCCCGCCUCUUCUUCUCCUUCUACAAGGAUGGCAGGACAGUGCGCGGCAGGGGUCUCUCCUCAGAAUUCCAGAUCCCCAGAGCUUCAGAGGCACACUCUGGGUCCUACUGGUGUGAAGCAGCCACUGAGGACAACCAAGUUUGGAAACAGAGCUCCAAGCUGGAGAUCCGGGUGCAGGGACCCUCCAGCUCUACUGCAGCCCCCACCUUGAGUCCAGCUCCUCAGAAAUCGACUGUUCCAGAAUCUACUACAACCGAGUCGCCUGGACCUCACCCUCCACUGUCCACUCCUUCUAAGAAUGCAGGCUUCUCCUCUCCUCUGCGGGUGCCAGACCCCCAUCUGAAUCACCAGAUGGGCAUUCUUCUCAAACAAAUGCAGGAUAUGAGAGCUCUCCUUGGUCACCUGGUCAUGGAGCUGAGGGACUUAUCUGGCCACCUGAAGCUUGAGACCACAAAGGGUCAUGCCAAAUAGGAGUAAACAAUCCACUCCCAGUUUUGCCCCACUACUCCCGAUAAACUCAACUUUUUCUACCUUUCCUCUUUCUGUCCUAUACAUACACAUAAUACCCACAAAUAACUUCACAAAUUGCCCAGUGUUACGGUAGAGUAACAGAGACAGAUGAGUAGACGUAAAUUUGCACAAGGCGAUCAUUGGAGUCUAACUAGAAUUGUGUAUUCUCUCACAAUGUGACAACAUAAUCCUGUUGUCUCUAAACCAGGAGUUGCCUUCUGCUGCCCAGACCAGAAUCUGGUGAUUGAAAGAAAAUCAACGGUAUGGAUUUAGUGCAGCAGUCUCAGUCGGAGGCAAACCCGACCCCCAACCAAGGGGAUAUUUGGCAACGUCUGGAGACAUUUUUGGUCUUCACAUUGCAGGGGGGGGGGGGGGUGCUACUGGCAUCUAGUGAGUAGAAGCCAAGGAUACUGCUACACAUCAGGUAACACACACUGGACAAGCCCCCACAGCAAAGGAUUAUCUGGCUCAAAAUGUCAGUAGUGCUGACAUUGAGAAACUUCAACCUAGUGGAAGCUAGGUGUUAGGCUCUGGGGUGGGACUUUACCUCUUUGCUGGCUGCCCCCCUCCAGCAUCGUUCAGCAAAUAUUGAUUACAUGCUGGUAUUAUGUUGGCCUCCACCACAUACCAAAGUUUGUUCUCUGUUAAGUAUACUCAUAAGAUAGUGUCCCUGCCUGUAGAGGGUUUAGACUUUGGGAUAGAGAAGCAGUAAUACCCUUUCCCAUCAAACAAUUAACGCAGGGUAUUGGAAAAUUUCCUGCAGGAUCUUACUGGACUCAGAAAUAUGUGAUUGAGCAUAACAUUGCCAGAACAGUAAUUGUGGGUUUUAAUACACUUGUGUCUGAAAUGUUUUUCUUUAAAAAAAUACAUAUGUCUAUUUUGGUACCAUAAUAAGACUUUUUUUUUCUACAUUUGGACUGCUACUGUGCAUUCACAGCCAAUGAAAGAUAGCUUGACAGCUUUUACGAUAACCUUUGGUCGGUGGGUUAGCACACCAUUUAACAACAACCUCAGCCAGCACGCAUUUUCCCAUGUUAUCCUAAAUCAUGUGGUACGAUGUUAUCUGCUCUAUUCUUUCUUUGUGCCAUUUACUCUGUGCAGUUUUGACCCACAAUGAUUUGUGAUCUCUCCAGACAUGCCACAAAGAAACAAAGGAAUAGAAUCGUGCUGGAUAUUAAAACUUGAGUUUUGUGGUGGUUCUUAAA